CCUUGGGGUCUAGCAGGAGGUACCCAAGAUUCUCAGGCCGCGCAUGAGUGGACGGUAACCCCCCAACCCCAAGCCCCAAAGAGUCUACAUGUCUAGGACCUAGACAUGUUCAGCUUUGUGGAUCCCCGGCUCCUGCUUCUCUUAGCAGUCACUGCCGUCCUCACCCACGGCCAAGGUGAAGAAGACAUUCCAGAAGGCACCUGUAUACAGAAUUCCAUAAAGUACAACAAUGGGGAGGUAUGGAAACCUGAGACCUGCCAAAUCUGUGUCUGCGACAAUGGAAGCAUCCUGUGUGACGAAAUAAUCUGUGAAGAUGUUUCCAACUGCCCCAACGUGGAGUACAAGGACAAUGAAUGCUGCCCCUCCUGCCUUGGUGCCGAUGCUG